AUGUCGUCGGUGUUGACGUAUGGCUAUCUCAAAGUCCUGGCGACUCUGCUUCGAGCGGUGGUCUCUUUCUUAGAGUUUGUUACCAGACGGCCGACGCCCCGACCGACCGACAUUCGAUACAUCGCAUCGCGUGAUCCGGGCAGAACGAUCAAAAUCCAUGUGUAUCGGUCUCGUCAAGCGACCGCGGGACCCAGUCCGGUGCUGAUCAACUUUCACGGCAGCGGAUUCCUACUUCCACAGCAUGGAUACGACGAGGAGUUCUGUCAAACCAUCUGCCAGAAGACGCAUCACACCGUGCUGGACGUGCAAUACCGCCUGGCACCCGAACAUCCCUUCCCGGCGGCGCUGAAUGACGUCGAGGACACGAUCCGGUACGUGCUCGGACGCGACGCGGAGUUUGAUCGGUCGCGCAUCUCUCUCUCGGGCUUCAGCGCCGGGGGCAACCUAGCGCUGGCUGCCUCGGCAGUCCUCGUCCCGCCCAACACCGUCCGGGCAGUGUUGGCGUACUAUCCCGUGGUGGACAUGGCCACCGAUGCGGCCAGCAAGGUGGCCCCGGAGUCCAAGACACCGGUCAUUCCUGUGCCCGUCUCCCGUUUCUUCAAUCGAUGCUACAUACCUGCCGGGUUCGACAAACGUGACCCUCGCAUCUCCCCCCAGUACGCCGAUCCGGAUCGGUUUCCCACCCGCAUGCUCAUGAUCACGGCGGCAGCAGACUCGCUGGCCUGCGAAGCGGAAGCGCUCGCGCAGAAAGUCGAGGCAUUGCCGGGUCGACAUGUGGUGUGGGAGCGCAUGGUGGGGUGUACCCAUGCCUGGGAUAAACGCACCAAAGCAGGAACGCCGGAGCGCGAGGCUCGCGAUCGGGCCUACGCCCUGGCCGUGGACAUGUUGAACGGGAGAUAA